CCGCCGGGGAGCCAAUCGGGGCGGACCUGACUGCGGCGGGGGACAACAGCUCAGAGGGAGAUGGCGCCCAGCUCGAAAUCUGAAAAGGACGAGAGCAAACAGAAAACCCAGAGAAAACACAAGGACCAUGUCGUUAAGCUGCUCAUGCGUGGGAAGCUGUCAGGACAGUUUUCUCAGCGCCUGUUCAGGAAGCUAUCACCUCGAGUGUGCGUCCCAUUGAAGAACAUUGUCAGCGAGGAGUUCCUGAGAGCAGGACAUAUCUUCCUUGGCUUCACCAAAUGUGGCCGCUAUGUUCUGUCUUACACCAGCGACUGUGGAGAAGAUGAUGAUUUUUCUUUUUAUACCUAUCAUCUCUAUUGGUGGGAGUUCAACCUGCACAGUAGACUCAAACAGGUCCACCAUGUGCGACUGUUUGCUGGAGAAGAAAUCUACAGUGACCUGUACCUUACUGUGUGUGAGUGGCCAAGUGACCACUCCAAAAUUGUCAUCUUUGGCUUCAACACACGCAGUUCAAGCUCUGUUCUGAUGAACCUAAUGAUGAGUGAUGAGAACAACAGAGACAUCUACAUCACCAUAGCCUCCAUGCCACCUCCUAAACCUUGCUCUUACUGCUGUCCAGUUCCUUCAGCCACAACCAUACGCACAGGAAGUGGCGAGUGUCUUGAACAUGGAUAUGUGCUCAACAGCAGGUAUCAGGUGGUGUAUCCGUUCCCCACUUUCCAGCCAGCUUUCCAGCUGAAGAAGGACCAAGUCAUCCUGUUGAACACUAGCUACUCUCUGGUGGCCUGUGGCAUCUCACUCUGCCCAGGUCAGGAGGGUCAGUCAUCGCAGAUCCUGUACACAAACAGAGCAGCAAUGUCAAGUCAAGCCUCGACGUCUCUUUCCUCCGCCCCCUUGGCUUCUUCUUCCUCACUACCUCAGGGAUCUCCCGAGAAUCGCCUACCACCUAGCAGGCCCGCCCCCGUUCCUUCAUCUCCUAGCCAUUCACAAGCUGCCAUGCGAGUCCGGGAGUUUGCUGCUGACCUUUUCAGACGAGCCCAGGGGGGAGGAGGUGUGAAAGAAAAUGAGGGCCAAGGGGAGAGGAGAACAUCUGAUGGUGGUGAAAAAGAGGCAGUGAAGGCACCAGGAGACAGAGGGACUAAUGCAGAGACUCCGAGAGAGGAGGAGGACUGUAAAGAAUGGAGAGCGGAGGAAAGACGGACUAAUUUGCUUCAGGCAUCAACAUCAGGUGACAAAUACAACCUGUCACAGGGCUCUGAACAAGUGAUGUCUCCUGCCUCUUCUUCGCCAUCCCCGUCCUCGAGCCAGGAGGUCAGCACCAACGAGCCUGGAUAUGUGAACUACUCUCGCUUGCAUUAUCGCCUGCAACAGCCAGGAGCGGCAGAGCAGAAUGCAGGAGGUUAUGAAGACGAUAAAGUCCAGCUACCUUUCACCGUUACUGAUUUGAAAGGACGAAACCUGCAGCUGGUCACCGGGCCGCACAAUGGACAGAGUGUGUGCGUAGAACAGUUGACUCUGGACUUUGAAUAUCUUAUCAAUGAGGUGAUCAGGAGUGAUGCAGCCUGGGCCCCACAGUUCUGCUCCUUUAGCGACUAUGAUGUGGUGAUACUAGAGGUGUGUCCAGAGACCAACACUGUGAUGAUCAACAUUGGUCUGCUGUUACUGGCUUUCUCCAACUCGGAUGAGGAGCACUGCAGGCCAAACACGUAUCAUUCCAACCUACAGGUUAGCUGGGACCUUAACACAGGUGUGUGUUGCACUGUGGGUGUUGGCGACCUCACAGAGGUUAAGGGUCAGACCAGUGGGAGUGUGUGGAGCUCUUACAGGAAAUCUUGUGUGAACACGGUGAUGAAGUGGCUGGUUCCUGAGAGCAGCUCCCGCUACAUCAACCGAAUGACCAACGAUGCUCUGCACAAAGGCUCAUCUCUGCAAGUGCUGGCAGAUGGCGACCGAUGUACCUGGAUUGUAUUAUGAAAAACCAAGAGGUCCACAAGUGUCAAACUAACAGAAACACACACGUCAGCGUGGCCUCGUCUUCAGUAAGGAGCAAAACUGCACACGUUCAGAGGCCACGCUUUGGUAACGUAGUUCAAACACGUGUCAAAUUAAAACUGAACAAAGAAAGCUCCAGAUGAAAAACUGUAAAAAUGAAGUGUCAUAGGUAGUUUUUUUUGGUUUUCUUUUUGUAAUUGUGUACUGUAUUAUUGCAACCACCAAAACCAAGAGCUGGACUGAACGAAGUUUUAGUUUUUACUUUUUGUUUUUAUACAUAAAAGUGUACUUUUCUUGUUGUGUGUGUGUGUGUGUGUGUGUAACUGAACGUAUGCAAUAUCUACCUGUGUGAUGUUGACAAGGUGUGUAUGGAUAAGUUUAAAGUGUGUCUGUUUGACACAUUCUGCUGCUUCUGAACAAGUUGUUUCUCUUUCAGUCUGGACCAGUUCAGUCUAGCUGUGUGAACUCGUACGGCUGCAGUAUUUAAAAUGAGACCGAGUUGACUCAGUACUGCUUUACUAGACUCUUUUCAGUUUUUUUUUUUCAAAUCUGUUGUGGAAGUAGGUGGUGAUUGGAGUCACCUAGAAUGGAAGUCGGACUGUAUUCUGCUGGGAUAUUUUGUUAAAAUAAAAUAUUUCAAAAGCU